ACCACCAGUCCUAGGCCUACAUUGUCGCCUUGUUGUUUUGUACCAGUCGCACUGGUGCCGGACUCGUAUAUUCAUCAGGCCUAGUUGAUCGUCAUGAACACGCUGAACAAGGACUACCACGUCGUGCACUUCUUAGAUGAAGGAAGCACAUACGUUGUCGCUGACUGGUGGCUGGUGAAGGACAAGAAGGGAAAAGUGAUCUCCUCCUACUUCCCACCUUCCAAGAACAAGCAGCAGGUCCGGAAUGCAAUUUUAGAUAAAGAAAAAAUUACAAAGGCUUGGUCAAAUCACCCUGUGAGGAUUCUUCAGUCCUACACCAAUCUGCAGCACGCCUUUGACAAUGUGGAUCCAGCUGCCUAUACAUCCCAUUUGGACUCGGAUGAUCCGGUUCCGGUAACCCCAAGACGGGAAAGGGCAAGGGUGCCUGCUAGCCCUGAAAACAGUGACUCGGAUGAUGCAUCGAGAGGAGGGGCUUGUCGCGGUAUAAGACUCUGCAUUAUAAAUUUGUAUUCAAUGUGAAUAAGAACUUGCAUGAAUAACUUCAGCUUGUUAAGCAAUUGUAAAAUUGCUAAUAGUUAUAGUCGGUGACAGAUCAGAAACAAAAAGCAAGGAGAACGAAGGCUGGAAAGUAGUAAGCAGACUGCCCCUUCAUUUUUCUAGCUCUUUGAUCUUGAUUUAUCACUGAGUAUAGGCUAGUCUGGUUAGUGCAAGCUGAUUGUAAAAUUAAAUACUUAAGACUGAAA